CCUCUCCCCGCCCUUCAUCUCACCUCCCCUCCGGCGGCCCGUUUCCUCAUCGUCACCGCUGAGGUCUACCUGCCGAACCUGUGCCACUGACCUACUUCACCCAAACAUACAGCAUGUCGGCGUUCUUCUAAAUCCACUGCCGCAUAAAAUGAAGGGAAACGGUCGAGUGUUUUAACUUAAGCGCCGCCUUUGCCGGGUGGAAAUGCAGGACAAAAGCGGUAAAGGAGCAGCCGUCGGAGGAGACGCAGCAGCCGCAGCGCAGAACCCAGUACAUUUGAAUGGGCAUAGCACUCCUUCAAAUGGCUACAGCCCAGGAAUUACACCGACCCCACAGCAGCCGUCGGAUUCCAGCGCCCCUUUUCCUGGGCCCCCCCCAGCCGCGGUUGUUGAGAGGGAUCAGUGGGGAGGGAAGUACGAGUUCCUGCUCUCCUGUAUCGGUUACUGCGUGGGUCUGGGCAACGUGUGGAGGUUCCCUUACCUGUGUUACCGUAAUGGAGGAGGAGUGUUUCUCAUCCCCUACUUCAUUAUGCUCUUUGUGACGGGAGUACCUCUCUUUCUCAUGGAGCUGAGUUUAGGCCAGUAUGGCUCAGCUGGCCCAAUCAUGGUGUGGAAAUGCUGCCCUCUGCUUAAAGGCAUUGGAAUCGGGAUGCUGUGUGUGUCCACGUUGGUGUGCCUCUACUAUAAUGUGAUCAUAGCGUGGACAUUUUACUACCUGGGCAGCUCUUUCCAGAGCCCCCUGCCCUGGUCGUGUGAUGCCCUGAGCAACGCUCUGAUCUGCAGUAAUGGCACCGUUGGCAAUAGCUCCAUGGAAGGACGGCACAGCCCAACAGAAAUUUUCUGGAAUGAGAAAGUUCUGGGUGUCGUGAACAGUGAGGGCCUUCAUGACCCGGGCCCUGUGCGUUGGCCCCUGGCACUGUGCCUCUUGGCUGCCUGGAUCAUCAUCUUCCUCUGCAUGCUGAAAGGCAUCCGCAGCUCUGGGAAGGUGGUUUAUGUAACAGCUACCUUCCCAUACUUUGUCCUCAUUGUUUUGAUCAUCCGAGGUGCCACACUGGAAGGUUCUCUUCAGGGCGUCGCUUUCUACCUCACACCAGACUGGAGCCGUUUAGCUAACGCACAGGUGUGGAACGAUGCCGCCUCUCAGAUCUUCUACUCUUUAGGCAUAGGGGUUGGAGGGCUGCUUUCUAUGGCGUCUUACAAUAAGUUCGACAACAACGUCAUCAGGGACACCAUCGUUAUCACAGUUGGAAACUGCAGCACCAGCUUCUUUGCAGGAUUUGCUAUAUUCUCCAUCCUGGGUCACAUGGCGUGGAGGAAGGGAGUGCCUGUUGGAAAGGUGGCAGACACAGGUCCUGGACUGGCUUUUGUUGCUUAUCCAGAAGCGCUCGCUCUCCUACCAGGCUCUGUUUUUUGGUCUAUCAUGUUCUUCCUCAUGCUAUUCAUGCUUGGGGUCGAUACUCUGUUUGGCAACAUGGAGGGCAUCACCACAGCCGUAUUGGAUGAGUUCCCCAACCUCAGAAGGAACACCUUCCAUAAGGCCUUGUUUUUGGGCACGCUGUGUUUUGUCUUCUACCUGAUGGGCCUCCUGCUGGUGACGGAUGGCGGGAUAUACUGGUUCACUCUCAUUGAUUCCUUCAGCACCAGUUUUGGCCUCAUCAUCAUCACCCUAUUCAUGUGCAUUGGCAUCUCCUUCUUCUAUGGAGUCAAUCAGUUCUGUCAGGACAUCAUUGACAUGAUCUGCCACUGCCCUCCUUGGUGCAGCAAAGUGCUGAUUUACUUCAAAGCCUGUUGGGUUUUCUGCACACCUUUUCUCCUUCUGUUCAUCCUGAUCUACAUUUUCUUAGAGAUGUACAACACACCCCUCCAGUACGGCUCGUACGUUUAUCCGCGGUGGGGCAAAGGUUUAGGUGUGUGCAUGGGUGCGACCUGCUGUUUGCAGAUCCCCAUUUGGGCCAUUGUGGCCAUCAGCAGGGAAACCGGGAGUCUAAAAGAACGCUUCAAAAAAUCAAUCCGACCUCUGAACUCCUGGAGGGUAAACAACUCAAACCGCGCAGCGAUUAGCGAGGAGCAGGUGGAGCCCGAGCAAAUGGAGGCUCCUUACACCGUCACGCUCACAGACAUGGAUUUUACAGCCAUGACCUGGGAAAUGGGAAGCGAUGCAUAAGGAGACGGCAGGGUUGGACAUUUAUUUAAG